AUGGAUAUUGAACCAGCGUAUACGCCACCUCCUAAGAAACCUGAACCAAAACCAGAGCCUAAGAAGGAAGCAGAACCCGAACUACCAGAAAAUAAAAGGUUAGCAAAAAUGAAAAAUAACAGGAUGAAGAAAUACCAGAGAUCAGACAAGAAAAUAAAAUCUAAGCAAAAAAGAGCAGCUGAUAAAGAAUAUGUCAAUACUUCAGAUACUGUCAUACACUCUAAAUCUUUUAAUGACUAUUCCUGCAAUUGCAAAAUAAAAUGA